GCUUCCGGCAGCGGCGGCUGCAGCCUCGCUCUGGUCCUUGCGGCUGGCGGCCGAGCCGUGUGUCUCCUCCGCCGCCGCCGCCAUAUUGUCUGUGUGAAGAGGGGAGAGCGGCCGCUGCCGCUGCAGCUUCCACCACAGUUUGAAGAAAACAGUUCUGAAACGAGGUCUUACCCCCAGCUGCCUCUCAACACAGUGAUUGCCAUCUCUCCAAACGUCAAGUCCAGCUUUGUCCGCCAACCUGUCUGACAUGUCGGGACCCGUGCCAAGCAGGGCCAGAGUUUACACAGAUGUUAAUACGCACAGACCCCGAGAGUACUGGGAUUACGAGUCACAUGUGGUGGAAUGGGGAAAUCAAGAUGACUACCAGCUGGUUAGAAAAUUAGGCCGGGGUAAAUACAGUGAAGUAUUUGAAGCCAUCAACAUCACAAAUAAUGAAAAAGUUGUUGUUAAAAUUCUCAAGCCAGUAAAGAAGAAGAAAAUCAAGCGUGAAAUAAAGAUUUUGGAGAAUUUGCGAGGCGGUCCCAACAUCAUCACACUGGCAGACAUUGUAAAAGACCCUGUGUCACGAACUCCCGCCUUGGUUUUUGAACACGUAAACAACACAGACUUCAAGCAAUUGUACCAGACGUUAACAGACUAUGAUAUUCGAUUUUACAUGUAUGAGAUUCUGAAGGCCCUGGAUUAUUGUCACAGCAUGGGGAUUAUGCACAGAGAUGUAAAGCCCCAUAACGUCAUGAUUGAUCAUGAGCACAGAAAGCUACGGCUAAUAGACUGGGGUUUGGCUGAGUUUUACCAUCCUGGCCAAGAAUAUAACGUCCGAGUUGCUUCCCGAUAUUUCAAAGGUCCUGAGCUACUUGUAGACUAUCAGAUGUAUGAUUAUAGUUUGGAUAUGUGGAGCUUGGGUUGUAUGCUGGCAAGUAUGAUCUUCCGGAAGGAGCCAUUUUUCCAUGGACAUGACAAUUAUGAUCAGUUGGUGAGGAUAGCCAAGGUUCUGGGGACAGAAGAUUUAUAUGACUAUAUUGACAAAUACAACAUUGAAUUAGAUCCACGUUUUAACGAUAUCUUAGGCAGACAUUCCCGUAAGCGAUGGGAACGCUUUGUCCACAGUGAAAACCAGCACCUUGUCAGCCCUGAGGCCUUGGAUUUCCUGGACAAGCUGCUGCGGUACGACCACCAGUCACGGCUCACCGCAAGAGAGGCCAUGGAGCACCCCUAUUUCUACACUGUUGUGAAGGACCAGGCUCGAAUGGGCUCAUCUAGCAUGCCAGGGGGCAGUACGCCUGUCAGCAGCGCCAGUAUGAUGUCAGGGAUUUCUUCAGUGCCAACCCCUUCACCCCUUGGACCUCUGGCAGGCUCACCAGUGAUUGCUGCUGCCAACCCCCUCGGGAUGCCUGUUCCAGCUGCCGCUGGUGCUCAGCAGUAAUGGCCCCUUCUGUCUCCUGAUGCCUGAGCAGAGGUUGGGGAGUCCACUUACUCCCUUGAUGCAGCUUGCGCCUGGCGGGGAGGGGUGAAAUACUUCAGAAGCACCGUGUCUGAACCGUUGCUUGUGGAUUUAUAGUAGUUCAGUCAUAAAAAAAAAAUUAUAAUA